AUGUACCAUUACUCACCACCAAACAAGACCUAUAACGAUACAGGUGGGGAUGGCUGGCGCAAAUGGUAUGGCCGGGAUCACCGAGUGUGGCCAGCGAGAGAGAUGGAGAAGGCAUGUGAUUACUUUUCGUACAAAACACUAAGUCGGCCGCUGACCUCCCCUCGCGAAGUAUACACUUCGGUAAGAUGGGGCAGAAGCUCGCGGCAGGAGUCGGCAGUGGUGCAGACACGGAGGAUCGUGAGUAAUGGACGACACAUCCCUCCUCAGAAGGACUUCAGUGUACAAUACAUGUCUGACUCCAUGACUAAUGGUCAGAUUGAGGAAGCUACUGGUAUCGCAAAAUCUCUGAGGGGGGAGGGCACGUCACCCCCGAGGUGCCGAGCGCCGCCUAUGCUCCAUGCCGUCUAUCUGUACCUUUUGCAAGGGAGGGCUAUCAAUAUUGGGUUUCCUGUAGUCGUCGGCGAAAAUGAGCCAAGUCGGAGGACACUGGCGCCAUUCACCGCACGGCCUUUGAGCUCGAGGACACGCAGAACCAAAAGAACGGAGGAGAGUAGCAAGUACGCAGUUAUGAGGUCCGGGGAAGAUGAUGGGUCCACAGAUGCACGGCGAUCAGACACCCCAGACAUGACUAUGGCAACUUCAGGACGAGCUGGCGACAUUAUCGCGGGCCUUGAAUGCCGAUGGGCAAGUACGAGACCAGGAUACCAACGAGGAUGGCUAGAAGGCGGAUACGUCAGGGGACCGGAGUCGUCUGGGCAAAGUCUUGGCCUGGGAGGCAAGAGCGACAUGGGUGCCAAUGACAUGCCGACGGCGUUCCUGAGCGCAUCGCGAAGCGAGGCGCGUCAUGGGAUCGCCGUGGGAGGUGCGCUUCGCGGGUGGCUGGCAGUGGCAAAUAUUCCUCACGACUCACGGGACGUGCACACUGCAACCGCACGGCUCAGCUGGUACGCCAUGAAACAUCCGGAGUGCUGUCAGACAUCGGCUAGAGAGUCAAAAUUGCCAGCGGACGGCGAAUGCUGCGCGUCGAGGUCCGAGCAGGGCGCGAAUGACCCUCGCCGGCUGCUCAAAAGCGAGAACGCGAUUCGUGCGGUGCAGGCGACUCGAGGCGGGCACGAGAUAAGUAGGGCGCCUGGGGUGGCCAAGAAGAUCCGGGCGCGUACGACGGGAAAGGAAAGGAAGGGGGUCGGACGAGAAUGA